AUGCAGAAACUACGAGACCGACGCGGUGGAGCACUUGGUCGAGGGCGUGACGGACAACACCGUCCGCAACCAGGCUGCACAGAGGUGGCGCAAAGCAGGAACCGUGCCCGCAUCCUGGUCACCGGCAAGAGCGGCUUGGCCUCCGACAUCCGUUAUGCGAACUCCCUAGGCUUCCUCAAGGAUGAGCCGCUGCAACAGUGUGCCAAGGUCAAGCUGCAAUGCAGAAACUACGAAACCGAUGCGGUGGAGCACCUGGUCGAGGGCGUGACGGACAGCACCGGCACGUACCACAUCGAGGUGGAGGACAACCACGAGGAGGAGAUCUGCGAGGUGUCGUUGCUGCAGAGUCCGCAGCCAGGCUGCACGGAGGUGGCGCAAAGCAGGAAUCGUGCUCGCGUCCUGGUCACCGGCAGGAGCGGCUUGGCCUCCGACAUCCGUUAUGCGAACUCCCUUGGCUUCCUCAAGGACGAGCCGCUGCAACAGUGUGGGCUGUUGCUGCAGCAGUAUGCUUUGGGCGUCGAUGACUAAGACAAGAAGGCGAGGCGCCUAACAUUAAGUAUAUGUAUCACCUAGCAUUCCAUGAACCAUGGAUGGAUGACCUUGGUUUCCGAUCCAUGGAGCUUAGAUGUGCUAACAAAGCUUGGUGAAGUAUUCUCCUAUAAUAUUAGA